GCCUAACCGGCACAGCUUCCUCAAAGACGCCCAAAAGCCCAACAAUCUCUCAAAUUGAUAAGCUGAUAUGAAUAGAUCUGAAUUAAAUAAGAAUUGGUUCUUCGUUCUGUUUCUACUUGUUGACUCUCUCUCUCUACGGUUCCACUAUGUCGUCUCUAGGAAUUCUUAUUCCCAUCUCUUUAACUUUGCUUUCAUUGCUGGUCCUUCGUUACAUUCAACGCAGGAAGGAUCCCACAAGCAACGUCCGGUGUGCUCCAACAUCUGAAGCUCAUUGGCUUUGGGGUCACGAAUACAUUGUAUGGCAGCAUGAAGCCUACAAGGUGUACUUGAAAUGGGUCGCAGAUCUCGGCCCCUUGUUCAGGAUCAAGGCCUCUUUCUUUCAACGCGAUGUGAUUGUCGCUGCAGAUAAUCUUGCAUCACACCAUAUACUUGCAAACGCUUACCGAUACCCGAAAGCGCCAGCGUUCCUGCCGCUCACAGAUAAGCUUAUUGGAAAAGGUGUCGUCUAUGCUCAAGGUGACGAACAUAAGCACCAGCGCAGGCUUAUUGCACCUGCAUUUACACUCGGUGCCGUGAAAGGGAUGUCCGAUGAUGUCGUCGAAUGCACCCAGAAGUUCGUGGGGCGAGUCGCAAAUCAUGUCAAAUCGCAAGGGACAGAGACCACCAUGGAUAUCGCUCCUUUCGUAUCUGCUUGCACACUUGACAUCAUUGGCCGUAUUGCGUUCGGUCACGAUUUUGGCUGUGGGGAGUCUCAAGAGGCAAAGGACAUUGCUGAGUCUUGGCACAAGGAUGUCUUGCUUGGAAGAACCAUGACGGGGUUCCUGGCACCUAUCAUGAUGUGUGCUUUCCCUUGGAUCACAAAGCUCCCCAUCCCGGCUUUGCAAACCGACGGUGUCGCCAAGAGAGUGGCCAUCAAACUUGCGGGAGAGCUUCUCCGGCAGAACAAAGCUCAACUAGAGAGCGGUGAUGGAAAGGACAUUCUCUCGAUUCUAGUCAAGGACCAGAAGAAAUCCAAGCACGAUGAACGUCUCUCGCAUACCACCCUAUUGGAGAAUAUCUCGACAUUCAUAAUGGUGGGGCAUGAAACGACGUCUUGUACUGUAAGCUUCACUCUUUGGGAACUGGCUCGCCACCCCAUGGUUCAACGGAAACUGCGGCAAGAAAUACGUGACCUGAGCGACUUCAGCUACGACCAUAUUCAAAGCCUACCGUACCUCGAUGCCGUCUGUCGUGAAGGGUUGCGCGUUCAUCCGGCUGCACCGCGAACCGAUCGCAUUGCUCUGGAAGACGAUGUGAUUCCUUUGAGCCAACCGCUGACUACUGUUGAUGGUAAGGCCGUGUCUUCUAUUGUCAUUAAGGCUGGACAGGUCUUCCACAUCCCAAGUGUGGUUCAAAAUACCGACCCCAUCGUGUGGGGAAAGGACGCUGAAGAGUUCAGGCCCGAACAAUGGCUUCUCCCUGGCGGAGUGCCUUCGGCAGAUCAGUUGCCGUAUGGUCCAUACGGGAAUAUUGCGUCCUUCCUGGACGGCCCGCGUAGUUGUAUUGGCUGGCGUCUUGCUCUUCUAGAGUUCAAGAUCAUGAUCUCUCUUUUAAUUCGAGACUUUGAGUUGACGAGUACCCCUGAUGAUGUGAAGGGUUAUAUUGCGGGGACACUCCAGGCUUUCGUGGGCGAAGAAGUAAAAAUGCCAAUUCACGUGAAGGUAUUGCGGUCAAGCGAAUGAAAACAAUAUUUUAAUCACGCUGAAUCAUCGCACGCGAAGACACGUGUAUCACUGUCCAUAUCUAUGAUAUUAUAUACUCCUGUUGCUACGCACAAACUUUAGCAUUCUAUUACGCUCUCGAAAUAUUGCCCAUUGCAGACUGCAGUACUAGUAGCGAAAGAACAUAAAUCACGUGAGCGCGCUUCGGAAUU